AUGGUGUUCCGUGCCAAGUUGCGCCCCCAUGCGUGGCGCAGCUUUCACGGUGCUUUGGGUGGAUUCUGCCUGGCGGCAUUUGGGGCUCGACGGGCUGCCCCGCUGGCAUCAACAAUGUACUCAGAUAUCCUUGGCCCAUUAGUGGGUCCUCACCACUUUGGAGAUUUACCUCCACCGGGUGCGGCGAAAGGCGGCAGGCUGGAGAAGGAGUACGGUGCGGAACCACGGGACGACCCCAGCGUGCAGCGCCUGGUGGCGAACGUGGAUCCCUUCGCCCGGGCGAACCCUCAGCCGGUGUCCAGCUACGACCUGGUGGUGCUUGGGGCAGGCGUCGCAGGCCUCAUCAGCUGCAUCGUUGGCAGGCAGUUGGGACGGAAGAUUGCUUUAGUUGAACAGCACUACAUGGGUGGCGACUGUCUGAACACCGGUUGUGUUCCAUCCAAGGCGCUGAUUGCGGCCGCGCAGGCAGCGCACAGAGUCCGCGAUGGCGGCCGGUUUGGGGUAGAGAUCAAGUCGGAUGACAUCACUGUGGACUUCGAGGCAGUCAUGUCGCGCAUGCGACAAAUUCGUGCUGAAAUCUCUGAACACGAUUCCGUGCACCGCUACACGGUGGAUGUCGGCGUCGACGUGUUCUCGGGACGGGCGAAGUUCAAGGCUAGCAACGAGAUUGCGCUGGAUGGUGGUGAGACGCUGCUUUUCCGGAAGUGCAUUCUGGGUACUGGCGCGACUGCUAAGGUGCCUGAGCAGCUGAAGGGCAUCCCACACUUAACCAGCUCGAACCUCUGGAACUUGCGAUCUCGCCCACCCAGGCUCAUCGUAAUGGGGGCCGGAACCAUCGGCCUGGAGAUCGCUCAGGCCAUGCAGCGGCUGGGUAGCCAGGUCACUGUAGUUACUGGCAGCUCUGGCCGUGUGAUGGGCAAAGAGGAGCCUGAGGCUGCCCAGUUGAUCAAGAAGUCGCUGAUGCGGGAUGGGGUCACAUUCUGCUCGCCGACGACGAUGGUGGCCGUGCACAGGAGAUCGCCUCAAGAAGGCUCAGAUUGCACGGACCUGUAUGAGGCUCCAUUUGGCACCUACCAGAUGGAGUAUCGCGAUGGCAAUGGUGCAAGCCACUAUCUGGAGGCGGAGGCUCUUCUCAAUGCUACCGGCCGCGUCGCGCGCACCACAGGCCUUGACCUCUCCGCGGCUGGAAUCCGUGGUAACAAUGACGGUCUUGAAGUCAAUGCACUGCUGCAGACCUCCAACCCCGAUGUUUUCGCCGCCGGCGAUUGCUUGCCAGAUGGCAGCCGCUUCACCCACGCUGCUGAGUGGCAAGCCCGCGUUGCCGUGCGCAACGCAAUGCUGGGGGAAGAGCUGGAUGCAAGAAGGCUGCUGGUACCUCGUGCGACGUACACGGAUCCGGAGGUGGCCUCUGUUGGUCGCUCGGCAGCGCAGCUGCGCUUGGAAGGUGUAAAUUUCGAGACAUACGUACGGCAAGCAGCUGAUGUCGAUCGAUUUCGCUGCGAGGGAGUUUCGGAAGGCUUCGCCAGUCUUCACGUCGGACGGAAUGGGAAGAUCCUGGGUGCAACAAUCGUCGGCCCAAACGCAGGCGACCACAUUUCUGAAGUCACCGUCUGCAUGCAGCACGACCUCACAGCGGAUGAGCUUGCUGGAACCAUUCAUCCUUACCCUACAGCAGCCGAAGUUGUAAGACAGGCUGCGCAGGCCUACGUCCGGAGUCGCAUCUUCCAGCCCAGCAACCAGGAGAUUCUAAGGAGAAUGAGCGAACCCUGCGAGUUCAUCCAAAGCGAGCGUGCAACAUCGGGGUUACACACGAUCCUGCUCAACCGCCCAAAAGCGCUUAACGCGUGCGACCCGCUGAUGGCCAAAGCCAUAGGAGAAGCAGCCAACCGUCUUGAUGCGAAGCUGAUCCUUUUGCAAGGCUCAGAUGCUGGAGCUCCGGGCAAGGCAGCCUUUUGUGCUGGUGGAGAUGUGAAGGCAGUGGCUGCAGCCUUGAAGGAGAACCCGGACACCCCGCUGCCCAAGCUGCAGCUCUGCCACGAGUACCGGGCUGUAGCAGCCCUCAGCCGCAGAAGGCAUGCUGGAGUGCCAGUGGUGGCCUUUGCGGAUGGCAUUUGCAUGGGCUACGGUCUCGGCUUGGCCUGUGCUGCUGAGUUCCGGGUGGUGACGGAGCGAUCGGUCCUAGCCAUGCCCGAGUGCGCCAUCGGCAUCUCCCCUGAUGUGGGCUUCAGCGCGAUGGCAGCUCUGAUGGCACUAGAGGGCGCACCAGGUGUCGGCCGGUGCAUGGCUUUGACUGGCUGGCGCCUCACAGGGCCAGAAGCACUGGCUACAGGCUUGGCCACGCACCUGGUGCCCUCAGAAAGGCUCAAGGCCUUGAAAGACAAGCUGAAGGACUAUGAGGAAAGCAAGGGUGAGUCAUUCAGAGCCCAUCUCGUCGAGGCACUGCAGCAAGAGACACUGCACAUACAAGAGCCUGGGUCGGCUGCGGCAGUGCGCGAUGUGCUGAGGACGACUUUCGCUCCAUCCACAACUGCCAAAGCUAUCCGGGAACGCUUAGGCGCCCUGUCGCAAGACUCCGGACUUGGACCUGAGAUCAAGUCCUGGGUCGAGCAGAGACUCUCCGGCUUUGACCAGGGAUGCCCCCUCACGCAGGAGGUCGUGCAGCGUCUCAUGGAUCAAGCGCAGUCUGAUGUAGACCGGGAGUGCCAGCUUCAUCAAGACCCUGAGAACUAUCGCCAUGACCUGCUUUGCAGGGCCCUGGAGCGAGACUAUGCUGCCCUCACGAGGCUUGUCCGGGCAGGCGACUUCUACGAGGGUGUGCGAGCAGCUUUGAUUGAUAAAGACAAGCUACCUCGGUGGAUGGCAGACCUGGACAGCGUGGACCCUGCAGAUGUUGAGCGUGUCAUCGCCCCGCUGCCAGACUUGCAAAGGAGGGAUGGGAUGAUUGCUGCAGCAUUGCUCGUGCAUUCCGUUAUUGGAUGGUAUGUUGAGUAUUUCGUAUCCGCAGCCUGCAGCCUCAUUGAAGGAGGGCAUGCACCAGACAUCAUGGUGGUCGUGCAGGCGGAGGAGAAUGAUGAGCAUCAGACCAUGACAGAUCUGCCACUGCAGAGUCGGACAGUCGCUGAUCAUGGCAAUGGAAGUAUCAGGGCCACAAGCUCAAGCUAUGACAAUUUCUUUCCCCCGCCCUCCCCGGUUGAAAUUCGGCACGAUAAGUUCUGCAUGAUUGCUAGUGACUCCUUUAAGGAGACCUGCCCCUGUGCCUUGUUCUCGCAGGCGAAUAAGGCUUUGCAGCAUGUGACAACGGGAGCGCCGGCCAUGCUUCGAGGAGCCUUGCGAGGUCGGACGAGUCUGUGGCUUCUCCUCGCCCUUACCGCACCAAAGCUAUGCAGAGGUGAAGAGCAUCACCUGCUGUGCAGCAAGGGCUUCUACCAGAAGGACCCACUGGUCAUGGAUUGCCUUGGAGGCAAGGGUCGGAAGUCAAUGAUCCUGUCACCACGGGCAGCGGCCCAAGGCCAGUUCACGUGGGAAGUGCAGAAUGGCACUGUGGAUCUAUUCGUGGAGGCGCUUUGUGAGUCAAUGUCGUCUUCGCCGGGGUCGGCAAAGCUGUCCGCCCGAUGUGCUGGCGACCACAGCGAGACUCUCCUCGGCCGAAGUGGUGGGCUCCUGAACCAGGAGGCACACAAAGUCCACGCUCAUGGUGCCCAGUGGUCCUGGAGCGGCAACCCGGAGUCGAAGAACGGCUCCUUCACCCUGUGGCUGCGAGUGAAGGGGGCACUUCAUUGUGACGUGAUUUUUUCCCUGGAGAAUGACCAUGUAGGAAACAUGGCUGUGGACCUACGGUACAAGUGGUCAGGCAUUCAGCCUUGCCCGGAGCAGUUGAAAGGUUGCGCGCCGUGUCCAGAUGAUAAGUGCCAUGAGGACGAUGUGGCUCAGUGUGAUGGGUCGCCAUAUUGGGAGUGCUUCCCAAAGGCCUUGAUGAAAAAGGACACGACGUCCACACCGACAGCCGGCCCUUCUUCAACAUCAAGCAAUGCUCCUGCUGCGGAGUCCAGCAAGCUUUUGUCCUUUGAAGAUAUCGUGGCGGAUCCUCAGCUCUGGGCCAUCCUGCGCAGGGAGCAAUCGCAAGAGCCGGUCCUGCCGUUUGGCAUGCCGGUGCCUACUUCACAUCCCGCCGUCACGCUGCUGCAGCCUGGAAAGGCUGCCUUAGCACAAAAGCAGCUCUCGCCAUUGCUCCGGGGAGGCGCUGGUAGCCAGGUUCAAAGAAUGCACGAUGGAAGUGCCGCAAUGCUUGCUGCUUUGGUGAGCUGCGCCAUCAUCGGGUUGGCGCUCUGCGCCGGUGCGAGCAGCCCAAGCACCAGGCAUUCGAGGCAUGCUGGGGCGCCGGAGGAGCUGCACCAGCAAGCUGAGGUGCGGGCACAGCUCGGAGCAGCCAUCCAAGGUGCCAGCUCAGCAGGAAUGUACCAGUCCCACCAUUUUGCCCUCAUGCCUUCAGAUGACAGCAAGUGUUUCGGCAGCUUCGACUUCAGCAUUCGGAGGGUGUCCAUCGGAGUUACCUACAUCGAAUCGCGAAACACCCGAAAGGUGCGUGAGUUUGGCUAUCACGAUAUUCCAUACGACCCCAGUUCAACUGCGAUGGCUCUUAUUCUCCUUUUCGCGGUCCUGGGUGAGCUCUUUGCAAUGUCGGGAGCUGUGGACGUCAAGUACCAGGUCCACGAGCAGGCAGCGAGAGACAGCAGGGAGGACCAGGAGAUGGAAGUGCAGGCAGAUGGAUCUGCGAAGGCUAUGAUGCGAAGAGAAAAGGGCCUAAGCUCAGAGACGGAGGCAGGUGAUCCGGUACAGACAACGACAGUCUUCGAAGAGGGCGUCGGCACAGACACCACAUCAGGCUCAGGCAGUGGUGAUGAAGAAGAAGAAGGCGAGGGCGAGGAGCUCCUUCGGACGGACAGGGAGCUGCAGCGCACGAAGUCGGAUCCAGAUUCAGAGGACGAAGGCGAAUCCGACGAGGAGGAGUCGGACGAGGAGACCACUACCACUGCUUCAGAUGACCAAAGCGACGACGGCUCAGGGCUUCCAGAGGGAGAGUCAGAGCUGGCCACGGGCUCGAAGAACGCCGUCUCCGAGGCCAAGGACGAAAAGCAAGCCAUUGAGAAUGUCGAGGAGAGUGAGUCGGAGGAGGAAGAAAAGAACGAAGGCAGCGAGGGCUCGGAGGAGCAUUCUGAUGGCAAUGCCCGCGUGAGCUCCGUGGAGAUGGAAGGCUUCACUGCCGAUGCAGUUCCGCACCACAAAGCUGCCAGCAAAGCGAAAGUGCCCCGAAACGCAGGUCAUCCUUCUGGCCACGUACCGCAGAGCGCCAAGAAAAGGCACCAGGCUUCUUCAGUAAAAGCAGCGGCCACGCCCACGGGCGACAAGCAGCCGACAGAAAAAUCCAAAGCCAAGGUGCAGUCACGGCCAGAGCAGGAAGCAAAGUCUCAUAAAGGGCACAAGAUGCAGCGGAAGCCAGACUCUGCAAGCCUGCUGUCGGCGCAGGGCCAGGAAGCCGACACCACGCUGACGACGACGUUCUACUUCACCCUGGUGGCCAGCAACAAGUAUUGCGCAAAUGCUAACUCUGGUUACAAAAAGAACGUGGGCAACUACCAGACCAAGGCGUGCUUCGAGUAUGUCUUGAACGAAGCCUCCUGCGGCAAGUACUUCGACUUCGGGGUCGUUGAUGGGGCGUGUGACUGUGUGCCAAAGGUAGAAACCAACUGCAACCAGGCAGAUGCCGACAACUACCAUGUGUACUUGAUUCAGAAAGGAGGUCCUGAAGCUUUGAUAGAAAUCGAUGACCAGGGCAGGGCAUCACAGGAGGUGAUUGGCGACCCUGCUGACCACGGAGACCCCUCGGAUGAUUGA